AUGCCUGGAAAACGCAAACACCUCACUCUUCAGCAAAAGAUGGAAGUCAUCAAAAUGCAUGAUAAAGGUGCUAAAUGUGUACAUAUUGCCACAGAAAUGCAGUGUGGAAAAACACAGAUUCAAACGAUCAUAGCUAAUAAACAAAAAAUCAAAGCCCUCUGGGAAAGUGGUUCCAAUGCUGCCAUGAAAGUGACCAAAGUGAGAAAAACUGCCAAUCAUGAGCUCAAUGAACAGGUGUUUGAAUGGUUUUGCAAUGGUCAAUCGAAAAACAUUCCAAUCACUAGCAAAUUAAUCCAAGAAAAAGCAGUCAUGCUCUCUGUCGAGCUUGGCCUUGAUGAUUUUUCUGUCACAAAUGGCUGGCUAGAUCGUUUCCAGAAACGGCACAACCUGUCUGGUGAGGGGGCGUUAGUCAAUGAGGAGACGGUCAACGACUGGUGCAGCCGUCUAGAGAGCAUGUGCGAGGGGUACAGUCUCAAAGAUAUUUUCAAUGCCGAUGAGACUGGCCUGUUCUAUCGUGCUCUCAAGUCAUUCGCGGUGACAAGUGCCACGGGGGCAAGAAUUCAAAGGAGAGGAUAG